AUGGGUGCGGUCGCGCUGCACCCGCGAAAAGGAUCAUCGUACCUAGCAGCAGUAGCUUUAUAUCUUUGGAGGCCUGAAUGCCGUCCUCCUUUAAGUUCCUCUCGAUUUGUCUACUCCGUGCGGCCGCGGCCCGCUCCUCCGCCGACUGAGUGCAACCCAUGUCGGCAGCUGUCCCUUGGCCCAGACCUUCCGCCCCGACUCCCGAGCCGGGCGCGCCCUCACCGCUCCCUCUGCAUACGAUCCACACGCGUCGUGCGCCUCCGGCCUAAGCGGAGCCACCCUAACACUCAACACAGUAACCGUUUCACCACUUAG